UCUUGUAUAUUAUAUUACUGGGAGCAAGGCUGAAAGUAAAAAUGUUGCGGAUUCACGGCUAUGGGACGGGCUGAAUGGAGUCAACGUUGUUGAUAAAAAUUAAAACCUGCGCAAAACAUCGGGACGGGAACGACGCUUUACAAAAUACGGGAUUCUCGAGUUCUUCCUAGAUCGCCAGCCCUCAGUCUCCCCAUGCCUCCCUCUCCUCUCGACGACAGAAUUGUGGUGGCGCUGCCUAGGCCUAUCAGACCUCAGGAACUGAAACUCUGCUUGGACACCACCAGCUACCUGGAUUCUGUCACCACUGCCACUAAGACAGUCAUCAGCACAACAACUGUGGUGAAGAUCAGGGCUACCAAUCUCACUUAUAUGCCCUCAUCCAACGGCUCUACGCGCUCGUUGUCUUGCGGUUGCAGCAGCGCCAGUUGCUGCACGGUGACCACCUACGAGAAGGACAGCCAGACCCAGAGCCAGGUGAGCGUCAGCAGCCCCAAUUUGAGCUCAGGAGUGUGCUACGCCGGCAGCGCCCCCCCCAUGGUCAACAACAAUGAGGCGCUGAGCCCGCCCGCCGGAACCGCCGCCCUCCCCGCCGCCCCCCCAAAGCCCCUCUCCGCCGUCCGGGUCAUCUACCCCAAUGAGCUGGCCAGGAAGAUGACCCGCUGCCCCAAGGGCCACCAGGUGGGGCCCGUGCCAGUCAUCAUUGACUGCCGGCCGUUCAUGGAGUACAACAAGAGCCACAUCCGGGGGGCCGUGCACAUUAACUGCUCCGACAAGAUCAGCCGGCGCCGGCUCCAGCAGGGCAAGAUCACAGUUCUGGAUCUCAUCUCCUGCCGGGAGGGCAAGGACUCCUUCAAAGGGAUUUUCUCCAAAGAGAUCGUGGUUUACGACGAGAACACCAACGAACCCGGCAGGGUGACUCCCUCCCAGCCUUUACACGUUAUCUUGGAAUCUCUGAGGAGGGAAGGCAAAGACCCCAUCAUCCUGAAAGGAGGACUCAGCAGUUUCAGGCAGAACCAUGCAAACCUCUGUGAGAACUCCCUGCAACUGCAAGAGGGUCUGGACUCCGGGGGGGCGUCGGCGCUGUCGGGGGGGAUACCUCACUCCCUGCCUACCACCCCCGACAUUGAGAACGCCGAGCUGACCCCCAUCCUGCCCUUCCUCUUCCUGGGGAACGAGCAGGACGCUCAGGACUUAGACCAAAUGCAGAGGAUGAACAUCGGCUACAUCCUCAACGUCACCACCCACCUGCCCCUGUACCACUACGAGCUGGGCCUCUUCAACUACAAGCGCCUCCCCGCCACUGACAGCAACAAGCAGAACCUCAGGCAAUACUUUGAGGAGGCGUUUGAGUUCAUCGAGGAAGCACACCAAGCUGGGCAGGGUCUCCUCAUUCACUGUCAGGCCGGGGUGUCUCGCUCAGCCACCAUCGUCAUCGCCUACCUGAUGAAGCACAGCUGGAUGACCAUGACUGACGCCUACAAGUUUGUGAAGGCCAGGAGGCCCAUAAUCUCCCCCAACCUCAACUUCAUGGGACAGCUGCUGGAGUUCGAGGAGGACCUCAACAACGGCGUCACCCCGCGAAUUCUCACACCCAAGCUCAUCGGGGUGGAGACCAUCGUCUAAAGGAGGCAAGGGGCGAAAGGGCGGGAAUUCGGUCACCGGGCGGGUCGGCUCUUGACGCGGGGAAUGCGCCGCCAGGCGUAGCUCCGUGCUUUCGGGACACUUCAGCGCGUUAAUGCUCUGGGAAGCGGUGUCAGUUACCCAGGGGAAAGGAUUUCAGAUAAUGCAUUCUUCCCGUUUCUAGAAGGGCAGAAGUGGAUUAAGGGGGUUUAGAGACGCCUCUACCCACCCACUGGAGCUGGGAACUGGCCAAAAUCCUGGAAUACAGAUUGCACUGAACUGGUGUGAAGGGUCUUUGGGGCAGGCUAUCUGUGCAGGUCCGUAGAGGAACAAACACGCAAAAAAAAAACAAACAAGAAGAGCUGAGAGUGUCCUCGUUCAUACAGUGAGAAGACAUGUCUCAAAAAACUGUGUCUUGCGUCAGCCAGUCGUGGGCACAGCCAAGAGGGCAAACAUAUACCAAUCUCCCUGUGAAAAGACAGACCUAUUUGGUGUGUAACUGUUCUUGUUCUAUUUUUAUAUGGGAGUUUAAACAUUAUGGGGAUUUUGGGGGGGUGGCUUACCGUAACAUACCCUCUGUGGCUUACUGUGCAAUAAUUUCUGAGUGGAAUGCUAAAAAAGAGCUGGACCUAAUGUGUAUAUAGAGUGAUAAUUAAACAUGUUCCAGCCCGUUGGUGAUUGACAUUAAAUAUUUUUGUUGUUGUUUUCAGUUCAGUUUUGGAUACCAAUACAGUGCCGUAUA